AAACAACUGAUUUUUAUCUCGAGUGGUAGUUGUCCAUGUGCAGUGUCGGAACAGCAGGAACAGCGUCGUAAAGUCUGCUGAAAUUGGUUUGGAGGGGACACAAUGGCAGUUGACAUGCUAUUGAUGAGAGGGCUAGUCAGGCUGAGACAAAUGACAGUACAAACUCAGAGCAACAGUCUGCGCUGUUCAAGAGGUCAAAGGAUGGCCACUGUAGACUUCCGCAGAGCUUUCCUCGAGAAUCAGAGCUGUAGCUGCACACAGCAAUACGUCGCUAAUUUUAGAAGAGAAGUGCAUUUAUUCAGCAGUCACGGGAGAAGCUUGAGUCGCACAGAAUGUGCCCAGCAUUUCAGGGACCAUGGAGCCAUGAAGGACAAUAGAAUGGUCAACGGAACGGUUGGAGUGCUUGAUCAUAGAUGCUUCGGUAACUCUGGCAAUAAGCCUCCUAGAGACUACUGUUCAUCAAGACAGGUUUUUUGUGGACAGACCCGUUUGUUCCACCAGGGUCGUUCAUCUAGUAGUGCCCUGAAAAAUGGAGAUGUCGACAAAUCUACUAAAGACACCAAAAAAUCUGAUUCCAAGACACACAAGCAAACGCUUAGUGACACUGCCAGAGAGCGAAAGGUACCAGUCACAAGGUUAGGACGGCUAGCAAAUUUUGGAAGCUUGGCAGUAGGACUGGGCAUAGGGGCGCUUGCUGAGGUGGCAAAGAAGAGUCUUAGAUCUGAGGACAAAAAAGGAAGUAAGAAAGCUGUCUUAGAUUCCAACCCGUUUGUUUCUGAGGCAAACGCUGAGAGAGUUGUGAGAACUUUGUGCAAGGUACGAGGUGCAGCUCUUAAACUUGGCCAGAUGCUCAGCAUACAAGACGACGCCUUCAUCAACCCUCAGCUGGCAAAGAUCUUCGAGCGUGUGCGACAAAGUGCAGACUUCAUGCCUACCAAACAAAUGAUGAAAGCUGUUAGCAAUGACCUGGGCCCAAACUGGCGGGAUAAACUGGAGUUCUUUGAGGAGAGGCCUUUCGCUGCAGCCUCCAUUGGUCAAGUGCACCUUGCAAAGUUGAAGGAUGGUAGAGAGGUAGCCAUGAAGAUCCAGUACCCUGGAGUUGCUCAAAGCAUUAACAGUGAUGUGAACAACCUAAUGACCGUCCUCAGCAUGAGCAACGCGUUGCCUGAAGGUUUGUUUCCAGAACAUUUGAUAGAGGUUAUGAGCCGAGAACUGGCUCUCGAAUGUGAUUAUGUAAGGGAGGCCAAAUGUGCCAAGAAAUUCCAGGAGCUUUUGAAGGAUCACCCGUUCUUCUAUGUGCCAGAUGUCAUUGAUGAAUUGAGCAGCAAGCAUGUCCUUACCACAGAGCUUGUGUCUGGUUUCCCAUUAGACAAAGCUGAUGAUCUACCCCAGGAACUUAAGAAUGAGAUCUGUGAGCAGAUCCUGAUACUGUGCUUGAGGGAGCUCUUUGAGUUCAAGUACAUGCAAACUGAUCCAAACUGGUCAAAUUUUUUCUAUGACCCGCAAAUUCACAAGGUUGCGUUGUUAGACUUCGGAGCCACACGGGGUUUUGAUGCAAGUUUCACCGAUGUCUAUAUCGAGAUCAUCAAAGCGGCAGCAGAACGAAACAGGGAGGGAGUUCUACAACGUUCCAUUGACAUGAAAUUCCUCACGGGAUACGAGACGAAGGCGAUGGAAAAUGCUCAUGUGGAUGCAGUGAUGAUCCUUGGUGAGGCCUUUGCUUCUGACGAGCCUUUUGACUUUGGCUCCCAGAGCACUACAGAGAGGAUCCAUAACCUCAUCCCAGUCAUGCUGAAACAGCGUCUCACUCCUCCACCGGAAGAAACCUAUUCGCUGCACCGCAAAAUGGGCGGCUCUUUUCUCAUCUGCUCACGUCUAAAAGCCAAGCUGCGGUGUAAGAACAUGUUCGAGCAGGCCUACGCCAAGUACUGGGAAAACCGGCAGAGAGAGAUGGCACAGUGAGCCACAGUGCAGGGGACAAAUUUAAAUGAUGGGUAUAUGGAUUAGCCA